UUACCAACUUCGAAUUCCAUCAAUGACGUCUUAAUAAUAUUGCAAUGUUUUUGCAACUUGAUCUAUUGGAAGUCUAGUUUCAGAUAAAUACAUGGAACACCGAGCCACAUAGUUUCCAAUCUAAACAAUAGCUACUGCACUAUGUUUGCCUUUUUGCUUGAGACGCUUUUGGUCUACCAGUCCGCCUGGGGGCGGUAGCACCUUGGCUUCAAGAUAGUUUUCCAGAAACACAGUAAACGUAACUACAGAGGAAGAGGUAGGCCCGUGCAAGUCUCACGUUCAACCCGCGUAAAGAAAGCUAGCUAGCUAACUUUUGACAGAAGUAAAAGGAACCAGCAUUAACAAAACAGAGCAACGACUGACUUGCCUGUGAAAUCCGACUCAAGACUCAUCCUCUGGCUUCAAAACAAAAGUCCAAACUCUCACGGUACUGUAGCUCAAAUCAGAGUGCUUUCCACACACCCACUCCUUUCCUUUUGACACACCCACUCGCCCAUACUCCGGUCACCAUAUUGGGUUCCGGCUACCUCCUUCUCACAACGUUGGAUGUGUUUGGCUUUCCUUGCACUAUGGCUCGACCACUGGGAGAAAGCCAUAAAAGGUUCCUGCAAACCAUGAUGGUCAAUGGGAUCAUUGAUGGUGCCAAGGCAAGGGCUCUCCACCGGCAUUGCUGUGAGGCUCACGGUGCACACUAUGCUCAUGAUAAACUCGAUGACUUCAUCGAGGUUAUUAAUGCCCAGCUGCAGCCCAUGUUCAUGCAGAUCAGAAAAGGGAUGUCUGAGGAGGAUGGUCUUCAGUAUCAUGCUUUGGUGAACAUGGCUGAAACUGAUGUGACCAGGAUGUCAACUGAUUAUGCAGACAAUGAGUUGGAAUUAUUCCGAAAAACAAUGGACCUAAUUGUGGACUCUGACAAUGGAACCGCCUCUUCCACGGACAUUCUUAACUGUGCCGACAGCCUCCAGACAAAAAAGCUAAAGAAAAGAGAAACGGAACAUGUACUGAACAGGCUUGUUCAGGAUAAGUGGCUGAAUGAGAAAAAUGGUGACUACUCUCUCUCCACUCGAUGUAUAAUGGAGCUGGAGCCAUAUAUUCGGAUGUUGUAUCAAGACCAGGUCAAGGUCUGCCAUAUCUGUCACAAUGUGGCCUUGCAGUGCCAGACGUGUGAAAAUCCUACAUGUGGCAUCAAAAUCCACACCCCUUGUGUCGCCAGAUACUUCAAAGGAAGGACUGAUCCACGAUGCCCUGCCUGUGAGGACUUCUGGCCACAUGAGAUCCCAGAUGUGUAUAGACCUCCGUCCUCUCAGAGCGAGACUCAGUCAGCAGCCAAAGAGAACACGGCCCCCGCCCCCACUCCUCGGUCUACAGCUCAGACCCGGAGGACCAGGAGGUCAUAACCUCACGGAUGCAUGUAUAGCUGUCAGAACCUUCAGUACAAUGUUUUGCCUUCAUUCAAAUGUAAAGAUAAAUUGAGUUAAGUUUGAAUGUUGAAAAAAAGUUUUUAUAAUUAUAUAUUAAAUGUUAGAUUCUUUCAGGAGAACAUCUAACUUUCCUUGAAUCGUCAAUGGUCUCCCGUGAGCUCCACUUUUAACUUGAUUAUCUUAAUUUUAUUAAGUUACUUUCUAGGGGAGCAAUUCUGGGAAGUGUGGCAACUACUUCAAUCAUUCUUUCAGGCAGUUUAAAUGGAAAGUGGUGUUUACAUAAUUUGUGCCUGUGGUUCAUUAGGUUGUUAAAUUAGAAUAGUACUGCCUUAUUUGAAUAAAUUAUGGACAUCACCUCA